AUGUCUGUCGAAACCACUGCCACCAUUGCCUCGUUCGGGNGUAAGCUCUUGAAGCUGGCCCACAAGGCCGCUUCCACAAACUGCGAAAUGAAAUUUAACUUGUUCCUCCCUCCUCAAGCUCUCAAGAGCUCGGCCGACAAGAUCCCCGUCCUCAUCUAUCUGUCCGGUCUGACCUGCACCGGUGACAACUGCUCCGAGAAGGGCUUUUUCCAGCACCGUGCCAGCCAGAAGGGCAUUGCCGUUGUCUAUCCCGACACCAGCCCGAGAGGACUCGGCAUCGCUGGUGAGGAUGACUCGUACGACUUUGGCUCAGGUGCCGGCUUCUACGUCGAUGCCACCAAGGAGCCCUACAACAAGGGUUACAACAUGUACUCAUACAUCACCGAGGAUCUUCCCAAGGCUCUCUUCUCUUCCUUCAAGCAGCUGGAUUCCGAUAGAGUCAGCAUCACUGGCCACAGCAUGGGCGGCCACGGUGCCUUGACUUUGGUAUGCUCCACCUGCCACCUUUUUCGACACAAGCUAAUACAAGCCUCCUCAGNNUUCCUCAAGAACCCUGGCAAGUACAAGUCCGUCUCGGCCUUCGCUCCUAUCGCCAACCCCAGCAACUGCGACUGGGGUAAGAAAGCCUUCUCUGGCUACUUCGGUGAGGACCAGAAAGAAAAGUGGGCCGAGCACGACGCUACCGAGCUCAUCAAANAGUGGAAAGGUCCUCUGGACAUGCUUAUCGACGUCGGUACCGGCGACAACUUUUACAAGCAAGGCCAGCUUUUGCCCGAAAACUUGACCAAAGCUGCUCAAGAGUCAGGCAACGACAAGGGCGUCAACCUAAGAAUGCAGCCCGACUACGACCACAGCUACUACUUCAUGGCCACCUUCGCCGAUGACCAUGUUGACCAUGCUGCCAAAUAUCUCCUGGGA